CCGCUCCCAAGCUGAUAGAGUGGCUCAUGUUUCUCUGAUGACGUAAAUUUCGGUGCUGUUCAAACCGAUUUUUAUAAAGUUCUUUGUUUGCUCAGACAGCCUCUGAGGUCCAAAAAAGAAUAUACUGAUGUUACAUAGAUUUUGAGAUACAAUACACUUUCAUCUGCGGGGUGAAAACCGAUACGGAUUUGAAUUUUCUGCAGACAAAAAACAAACAAACAAACAAAAAACAACUUAAUAACCUAUAUUGAUUUUCAUGUAUGUUGUAUUCUCCUGAAGAAACAUCACCAAAAUUAUAGAAAGGAAGAAAAGCCCUUUUGUUGCUUGUUUGUGGAAGAGUGAGCAGGUAGGUGAAUGCAGCUAUGGUGUUAAUCUUAGGCAGGAGAUUAAACCGGGACGACCAUGGGGUGCACGAUUCCCCAGCCACCAAGCGAAAAGUCUUCGAGGGGGACUCCAAGACGCCAGGGAGCCAUGACAUCUUCGAUUUCUGCUCGGGGUCGACCCACUCCGAGAGCAUCCUGCAGGUGCUCAACGAGUUCAGGGAUAGCCGUCUCUUCACCGACGUGAUCAUCUGCGUGGAGGGCCGCGAGUUCCCCUGCCACCGCGCCAUCCUUUCCGCCUGCAGCAGUUACUUCAGGGCCAUGUUCUGCAACGACCACCGCGAGAGCCGCGAGAUGCUGGUGGAGAUCAACGGCAUCCUGGCUGAAGCCAUGGACAGCUUCCUGCAGUACGUCUACACAGGCAAGGCCAAGAUCACCACAGAGAACGUCCAGUUCCUCUUCGAGACCUCCAGCCUCUUCCAGAUCGGGGUCCUGCGCGACGCUUGCGCUAAGUUCCUGGAGGACCAGCUGGAUCCCUGCAACUGCCUUGGCAUCCAGCGCUUUGCAGACACCCACUCGCUCAAGCACCUGGCCAGCCACUGCAGGACCUACGCCCAGCAGAACUUCGCAGACAUGGCUCAGCAUGAGGAGUUCCUGGAUCUGCGCAGAGACGAGCUGGUGGAGAUCAUCUCCAGUGAUGAGCUGGUUGUCAGCAAGGAGGAGACGGUCUUUGAGGCCGUCAUGCGCUGGGUCUACCACGACGUGGACUACAGGAGGCCCAUGCUCAAGGAUCUGCUCCAUCACGUUAGACUGCCCCUGCUGCACCCCAACUACUUCGUCCAGACUGUGGAGGGAGACCAGAUCAUCCAGAACUCCCCCGAGUGCUACCAGCUGCUGCAUGAGGCCCGGAGGUACCAUGUGCUGGGCAACGAGAUGAUGUCCCCCAGAACCAGACCUCGCAGAUCCACAGGCUUUUCGGAGGUGAUCGUGGUGGUCGGGGGCUGUGAGCGAGUGGGGGGGUUUAACCUCCCCUAUACCGAAUGCUACGAUCCAGUGACGGGAGAGUGGAAGUCUCUGGCUAAACUUCCGGAGUUCACCAAAUCUGAAUAUGCGGUCUGCGCUUUGAGGAAUGACAUCCUCGUCUCAGGUGGACGGAUUAAUGGACGGGAUGUUUGGAUGUAUAAUUCGCAGCUUAACAUGUGGAUCAGAGUGGCCUCCUUAAACAAAGGUAGAUGGCGUCACAAGAUGACUGUUCUCCUGGGAAAGGUGUAUGCGGUUGGGGGCUACGACGGGCAGAAUCGUCUGAGCAGCGUGGAGUGCUAUGAUUCCUUCUCGAACCGCUGGACCGAAGUGGCGCCCAUGAAAGAGGCAGUCAGCUCCCCUGCUGUGGCCAGCUGCGCCAGCAAGCUCUUUGUGAUUGGAGGAGGACCAGACGACAACACCUGCUCUGACAAGGUCCAGUGUUACGAUCCCGAGUCGAACACAUGGCUGCUGCGUGCAAACAUCCCCAUCGCAAAGAGAUGCAUCACCGCUGUGUCACUGAACAACCUGAUCUAUGUGUCCGGAGGUCUCACCAAGUCCAUCUACUGUUACGAUCCCAUUGAGGACUACUGGAUGCACGUCAUGAACACAUUCAACAAACAGGAGAGCUGUGGAAUGUCGAUAUGUAACGGCAAAAUCUUCAUCUUGGGAGGAAGGGGGGAGAAUGGAGAAGCCACAGAUACUAUUUUGUGUUAUGACCCGGCAACAGGAAUCAUCACAGGGGUGGCAGCCAUGCCCCGGCCCAUCUCCUACCACGGCUGUGUGACAAUCCACAGAUACAACGAGAAGUACUACAAGCCCUGAGGCACUCAAUCCAGGAUGGACACUUCAAAUCCACAACUUGGGGAGACUAUCAUCAGUCCUGCGGGAAUAUCUUAGAAUAGAGAUAAGAUGAGCCUUACGUAGCUUUGUUUCUUUGGAGCGGUGUGUUUUUAUUUUUGGAUUUCAUGUUGAUAGAAGUGAGUGAAAGUUAGUAGCUUUCUAUAUAAGUUUCCCUUACCUGGUUUUUGUUUAUAAUUAUAUAAGAUUGUGAUAAUAAUUUAAAAUUGAGAUUACUGGCCGAACAGCUGUUCUCAGUAACUCGUGUAAUAAACGGCUGUGACCCACCCCCCCUUGGAAACUGUAGCAAGGAACUGAAACUUUUGGUAAACACAGCAGCUACAGUCUUUAGACUGGAUGCAAAAAACUGCGAUUCAUUCAUUUGUAGCUUUGACAAAGCUGUACACCCCGCUGACAACUUAUAAAUGUACAUCAACAAGGGGAAUAGGCUAUAUAUGUAUAAUAUUAGGGCAAUAAUGUUGUAGUAAUUUUAAGGUGGACUGUUUUAUUUUUAGUUUUUUUUUAUUUCUUCUUCCUAAUGUCAAGUACCUAUAGAAUACCACUAUUACGCACUGCAACAUGCACAACGUGCUGGUCAAGGCAGUGCCUUCAUUCAUCAGGUGUAAAAGGCCAUUGAAAACCGGAUCAGGUUAUCACUGAUUUUCAUUUCUACUGCUCUAGAGUAGACUGCAGAUCAGCAUGUCAGAUAUUUUAUAUUGCAAGCUCUGUACCCUGGCUAUGCCUGCUGCUUAAGUGCCUUAGUCCUGGGCUGAAACGCCCCAACUUUGACAUCAAUUGGGCUGGGGAUAAAUGGUUGACAGAAUUAAGAGAAAACAACAAACUAGCCCUAUUGUAACUUUAAAAACAAAUCUGCUUUUUUUUUUUUAUUUAUUUAUUUAUUUUUUUAACAAUUGGAAGUUAAAGAGUAAGGGUCAUAUUUUCAAAGAGUUUCCUCUGUUCUUGAAUUGACUUUAAUUGAGGAGAAAAAAAAAAACACAUUUAGAGUAAAGGCGUUUUACCUCUUUAAAAAAAAAUAAGAGUUAAUUCAAGACUGGAGUAAACGCUUUGAAAAUAUCACCCUAAGUAGCGGAACCCUGCUAUUUACUCUUUAAUGCCUCAUUUAGGUGUUAUUCUGCAGAAAACAUAAGUGCCAAGGUAAGGAAGGGCAAAGUCGGGCGUACUGCCACCUGUUUCCGAAGCUUCCCAGAGUAAGCGCGUCUGCUGGGCCAUAUUCAUCAGCAAGCAGUUUACAACUGAGUAGGUACAAAUAUAGCAAUAGUGUAUCGCUUGUCAAAAAUAGAUUUAGCGAGUUAUAUUUGUUAGCAAGCGUAACACUGAAAUUCAUAGUUCAAUAUAUUAGUGAAACAAGCCAAUCGGUGGCUGUCAGAACAACACACUUUAAUCAGCAUAAAAAUUUCAAAUGACAGUUUCAAAUCCGCGAUCUCUAAGAGCGUAACACCUGGAAUUAACACCACUAUCCUAAAAAUUGGUUCUACAAAUAGCAAUUUCAGAAAUCACAUUAUUAAGAGCGAUCAUCUUAUAUAAAGGCUGCAUGUUAAAACCAGUAAUGUACUUACUCAUCCAUUGGGUACCAUGUGCAUGUGCUGUUGUUACUCAGAUGAAAGCUUGAUGCCACUGUAAUGCAUACAUAAAACCAUGUUCUACCAAUUUUAGUUACUUCUUAGUAUUUCUAUUCAGUGUUGUAGUUUGAAUGCAUCGACUGUUUUUUGUACAUGGUGCUCUGUCAUAGACUUGCACGUUUUUUUUGUUUCAUCAUUUUCUUUCUUUUUAUAGCCAUCAACAAAGAGCCCCAACAGUGCACUUUGCUCUGUAGAAAAAGUCGCCUUGGUAGUUGAAUAAUUUAAAUAAUGUAAUGUAAAUAAGUGUUUAUUUUACUGUAUCAGUAAACAUUUUUAGCUUGAGUUCAUAUAAAGAGAAGUGUGGCGCCUGCAAGCUCUUUGCACAUUACGAUGUUGAGUUGAGAUCUGGGCAGAUCAGUGCGGUUUAGUAGCGUGAGCGAUCCUUUGAUUACAAAUGGGCAGAAAGCAGCACCAGGAAUAAUAAACAAAACAGAUUGGAUUUUCUAUCUUUUAAUAUGAUAUAAUAACUGGCAGGAAUUCCAAUGUAAUGCCUUUAAAACAUGUAAACACACAGCCUUAAUUCUUAUUAUGCAAAGUGCUGUUAUUGAGUGCAAGUGCAUAUUUACACAGCAAUGCCUUCCACAAGCACUCGCAUGUUGCUUUUGAAAAACCCUGUUUUCACUUGAAGAUUGGGCUUAGAAAUACAUCUGUUGUAUUGCUUGGCUUGAGAGUUUUGUUAUUAUUGAUCAAAGUCAUAAAAAGGAAUGGACAGCACAGUGGCAUGGUAGUUAGUGCUGCUGCGUCACGAGUUCUAGGACAUUCUUUGAGGGAGUUUCCUUCUUUAUCGUAAUUAAAAAUGAUAAUGCCUAAAAUGGUGCUGCUAAGAGGAUGAGCGUAGAGACAGGAUAGAACAGUCAAGGAGGUUUUCUGAUUAAAUUUGAAUUCAUGGCAGUAAUUUUCUGUUUUAUAAAACACACACACACACACACACAUGCAAUUUGUAUGAUGUGUGUGUCAGCACAAUCCCAUCUCAGGAUUUAAUUCAAUAGGAGGGUGAUGUGAGGGAGCAGGCUUGCGAGUUCUUAACUGCGGUGAGAGUUUAGUGAAUAUUUACGCGAAUAGCUAAAAGGUUUACUUUUGUUUUUAUGUUUAAAAAAAAAAAAAUAAUAAUCAUAUUUUGGUAACUUUUUGUGAACUGAGUUUGUUUGCUACAUACCACAUGAUGUGUCUGUCCUGGGUGAUUGUAUGGAAAGGAGUAGCUGGCCGAAUGAGGACCGUACACAGACCAUGAUACCUCUGUGCUUGAGUGUGCGUUUGCAGGCUGCUUGAACAUUGAGCGAUGGCGAACUUCGGCAGUCUUUUGGGAUGAAGAUCCACCGAGGCAAACCAUUUAUCUUAUUUAAAGACUGCAUGAUAAACCAAUUUAGCUUUCUGUUUGUAAGCCAGUAAUGUACCUGUCAUGGUUAUAUUAUUGUGUGAUGUGAUAACUGUUCUUUUACUUGUUCUAUUUAAAUGUCUGUAUGAGUGUUAUUCCACUUCACUAUGAGUGUAUUAGAUGUAGCCUUCAUAUAUUAAAAGAAUGUUCUUUAA